AUGUGUCAAAUAUUUUGGCGCAUGGUAACCCAAGGUCGCGUGGAAUACCCCCCUCCCCCCAUCAACGACACCACCACCACCACCUUCACCUGCCCCAACCCAGACCCCUGCGCCAACAUCACCCCCUCCGCAACCAACACCACGACCUCCGCCUUCUACUGCAGCUACUGCACCUGCAACAACAUCCUCCUAGGGCCCGCGAACUUCCAGCCAACCUCCAACUUCACGACCCUCUUCGCCUCCUACGCCCCGCUCGACUCCCAAUGCCCAUCGGACUGGCUCUGCACCUGGGCGAAUUUCACCUCGCCCGCCCUCUCCCCGCCGCCCUCCAACCCCUUCGCCUACGCCGGCUACAUCUACCCGCCCAACCUGGGCUUCAAGGGCUGCGCCCAGCCCGGCAGCCCUCCCGUCGGCAGCUUCGUCGACCGCUUCGGCACCGCCAACGGCAGCUAUCUCGCCCCCGCGGACACGCCGUUCGCGGAGCGGUCCAUCCCCCCCGGCAACCUGAACAAGUUCGCUAAUAGCACCCUGUAUAAUUACUGGCGGUAUCGGGUCACCGCGGAGUUUGAUGCCGUCGAGGGCGAGAUUCUGCCCUGGUUUGGGCAGCCGGGCGGUGGGUGGCAGUGGUAUGUUGAGGGGGGGUUGGGGGGGUUGAGGGAGAAUGGCACGUUGGUGUUGGUCGAGGGGAGGAGUUAUGGGGAGGGCGAGGGAGAGGGCGAGGCCGAGGACGAGGCCGAGGGGGAUGAUGAUGCGGCUAAGGAGUGGAGGGAUAUGGAGGAGGUGCGUGGCGGGGGAGGGGUUGAGAUGUAUCAUUGA